AUAAUAUAUGCCAAUGACCACAGAGCAACUGAUGUUUGUCUGUUUCAAGUUCGAUCUUGGAACCAUAGAACUAAUAUAACCAAAAUAAAAUUCACUCACACAACAUAACCUCUUCAUUACAGUAAAAUCAAAUCAUUGGAGUGAUAUAAAACUUUACAAGUGCGUUGUUAGGGUGCAUAAUUUUAUUAAAAUUAUAUAAUUUCUUAAAAACAAUUUGACAGCAGAAUUUUGUGGAUUCGAUCUGCAAUGGCUAAGCUCUAUAAAUAGUGUGAAUAAAAAAUUUAUCCAAGGAGAAGAGCUCAGUUCUAAAAAUUUCUUUAAAUGACCCCUUUUAGUUAAUGUUACUUUAAAGAUGGCAUUGUUAGGAGCACAACUCGUAAUCACUCUUGUUAUGAUAAGCAUCAUUCAAAAGGUGGGACCACAUUAUUCUUUGGCUCGAUGGUUACUGUGCUCUACAGGGCUCAUUAGAUAUUUGUACCCCACAGAUUCGGAACUUCGACAAUUAGCAAAUAUACCAAAAGAUCAAUUGAAAUGGAAAAAAGGACAUAAGCAUGUGGAAAAUGGCAACCAAAAAAAGGACACAUUUCACGUUCCUAGAAGUCUUGACAUCCAACUAGAAACAUGUGCAGUUUCUCCAUUAGAUGUGGUACACUUGCGAUAUUUUGUGGAGUAUCAAUGGUUGCUGGAUUUUACGUUAUACUCUAUAUUUGUAUAUAUAAUAACAGAGAUAUACCAUUUCAGUUUUCCUGAGAAAAAUGAAGUUAAUUUAAGCAUGAUGUGGUGUGCAUUGGUGAUUACAUUUGCACUAAAACUUUUAAUAUCCUUAACAACACAAUAUUUUAAAGGUGAAGAAUCAGUAGGGGAAAGAUCAACGUGUAUUGUUACCGGUUUUGUUUAUUUUCUUAUAUCCAUGUUGGUGUUAAUCGUUGAUGAAAACGUGUUGGAAGUGGGUCUUGAUGUCGCAUAUGCAAACUUUAACGCAAGCACAUCUGCAUUUUUAACCAAGCAAGGAUUGCAAUCUUCAGGGUUGCUGUCCAAAAUUGUGUUUAAAUUUUUUAUAGCUGUAUUCUGUGGCUUUUUGGGAGCAUUAUUUACUUUUCCCGGAUUAAGGAUAGCAAAAAUGCAUUGGGAUCUAUUGAAGUAUUUUAAAGAAAAAAGAAUCAAACAACUAUUGUUGAAUUUAAGUUUUGUGCUACCGUUUAUAUUAGUAAUUUUAUGGAUAAAACCGGUUAGUCGCAAUUAUUUGACGGUCAGAAAAUUCUCAAGCUUUUCAGAACCUUUACUUCAUCCGCACACUUUUGAGUCUGUAAGAUUCAUUGCAGUUAUUCUAACAAUGUUAGUGAAGAUGAUGCUAACGCCAUGGUAUUUGCAAGCUUAUUUGGAUAUGGCAUAUCAUAGAAUGGAGGAUCAAAAAAAAGAGGCUGGACGAAUAACAAAUGUUGAUCUACAAAAGAGAAUUGCAGCAGUAUUUUAUUACUUAUGUGUGGCCACCUUACAAUAUAUCAUACCAUUGAUCAUCUGCUUAAAUUUAACGUUUAUGUAUAAAACAUUGGGAGGUUUUUCAUGGAAAGGAGUGUUUGAUAGUGAAGAAAGCUGUCCUGUAGAUGGUGCAUCUCAUAUUUCGCAAAAUGGUGAUAGUUCUAGUUCCACUUUGAUACAGUCUAUACAAGAAUUUCAUACAUCAGUGGAAGAUUUAAAAUCUGUUUUCAAUCCAAUUGUAUUUAGAGGAUUAUUUGGGUUUGCGACGUGGUGGUGUUGCUUUCUAUACUUUGCAACUACUUCAACAGGAAUGGUGUAUCAGUCAUACUUUACAAGAUCAUAAAUCGUGUAUGAUUUAUACCUAUUAGUUUGAUUCAUUAAAGUUACUGAGGAGUGAG